AUGGCGGAGCGGGACCAGGACUGGGACGGGCCCGGGCGGGCGUCGGGCGGCGGGAAGAUGUCCCUGCACAGGUGUGAAACCUGUAGCAAAGAAGAAGCUAAGUACAGAUGUCCACGAUGCAUGAAAUAUUCGUGCAGCCUGUUGUGUGUAAAGAAACAUAAGCUUGCACUGAGCUGUAACGGAGUCAGGGAUAAAACAGCGUUUGUCUCUGUAAAUGAAUUUACUGACUUGAACCUUCUGAGUGAUUAUCGUUUCCUGGAAGAUGUGGGAAGGACAGCUGAUGCUGCUGCUCGGCAUUGUAUCGUGCAUAGUCCAGCAGCAAAAAGACUUUUAUAUUUCUUGAGGAACAAAGCUCGAGGGUGUAAUAUUGAACUAAAAACACUGCCUGUUGGAUUCACAAAAAGAAGAGAAAAUUCUACCACCUUCAAUUCCGUGGAGAACAAGUUCUACUGGCAUUUGAAGCUCAUAUUUCCUCACUGUCAUGCCGAAUACACUUUAAAAGGGGUGCCUGAUGAUAAAACACUUGCUGAUAUCCUCAAGCCAUACAUUGAUCCAGUGGAGUCAGAUCCUGUAGUUUGUCAAAGAUUAAAAAUCUAUACAGCAUCUCCUCAAUCAGAUGUACGAAUUUUAAUGAAAAUAGAAAACAGGAGCCGAAACUCUGUCAGGUACAAUGAACUGGAUGCCAGCAGAAGCCUUCUAGAUAAUCUGAAAGGCAAAGUAAUAAUUGAAUAUCCAACAUUAUUUGUGGUCUUGAAAACACUGAAGAAUGACAUGGUGGUCCUUGGCCAAGAUGGCAGUGAGCCUGCAGAGAACUCAGACAAUGAAAGCUCAUACCUCUCAUCUGUGGAAGAAGGGGAGAUUCAGGACAGUUCAUGACAGUUCUUUGAGAGAACAUGAUGGAAUGAGCUUUUAUUUUUUUAAUUAUUUAAUUAAAUUCUUUUGAUACAACUAAGUUCCUGGAGGUUUGGCUUAACUUCCUUUACUAAAGGUAGCACUCUGAAAGUGCUUGACUACUUUUGGAUUUAAUAAUGCAUAUUUAGGGAUGUAAAUCAAAAGAUGGGGAACUGUGGCUCCAGAAAAAAAUAAUAUUCUAAUUGAAUUUCAGUUUUUAAUUGCACCACUGUUUUUACUUUUUGCCUAACCAGCUCAGCGCCAAAUGUUUGAGUUUAAAUAUCUGAUCAUAUAUUUGUAUUUCUAUGUUGAUUUGAGUCUUAAUGCUUAAAUUUACUGGGAAAAAAGUACAGUUAUUUCAUUAGAGCAGUUUCCUUUUACAGUAUUUCUGUGUAACACUGAGCUACCAAAAAUGGUCUUGUGUUACUUUUGAUCUUCUCUGGUGACAUUUCGGGUGCUUGAUGCAAUACUUUUUUGUUGUUGUUGUUUUGU